UUCUUUUUCUUUUUUUCCAGCGAUACUUAUGAACCGUUACAACGAGGUGGUGGCACGACGAAGGAUAAAUGUACGAAAAGCGAGUCGUUGCUCUUGCGUGAAAAAUUCCGAGUGCACGUGUGUCAGUGAUAAAAUCGAUAAAAAAUGUCAGGACGAUACAAAAACAAGACAUAAGCCUGUUAAGGUUAAAGAUUAUCGUGUCGCCGGUCUUCAAGAAAAGAAGCCGGUUGCAAAAAUUCCAGAAGAGCCUACGAUUUUGCCUACGAUUUGGCCCGGUGUUAUGACAAUUUCUUGGCCUAACGUUAUAACAAUUGUUUGCUCUGUUUUGACCAUUUUGCUGUUAUUUCUACUUCUUCUAGGUUUCUUUAAAUGGAUGUUUGGCUUAUGCCUGCCGACAGUAAGUCGUUGGGGAUUGGACACUUUGAUCAAUACCGACAAGAUGGAGAGAUAUUAUGAGAAAGAUUUAAGAUCAAGAAGCGUUGUAUUUAACGAAUUAGGGCAACCUGUGCAUCCAGAUACGUGUCAAAAGUCUGUCAGAGUGUGCAAUAGGAUAUCAGAAUUUAUUCUGAACCUUUCGUUUUUCUUCGUCUAUCCGUUCAUGGCUCUCUUUCAACCUCGUGCGAAACCUCAAUCAUCACCUAACCAUCAAAUUAGCACCACCAGCACCACGAACACCACUACAAGUACAAAAGAAUCAAAGUUACCUCGUCUCCAAUAA